GCAUUUCGUAAUUUUUGUAACUGUGAAAUAUUCAUAUGGCUGUGUUUUGCAAACCAGUGAGCUUGUAUUUCAUACUGAAUCCAACUUUUCCGUUCGCGAUUAAUAUCUUGCAUACAAUGAAACAAAAUGUAUUACUCAUUAAAUGUGUAGAAUCUUUAUAAUUUUAAUCAUAUAGAUAGAAAUAACAGAAAGAUGAUCUAUACCGUGUUUAAAGAAUUAUGUGUAAAUACGUUACAAAAAUAGGUAGGAUUACAAUACAUAUCCACGGACAGAUCCAGGAGUUUUAAAUGGAGGGGUGGGGUAUGUAUCUCCCGAAAAAAUUGACACCCCCCCCCCCUCCCCGAAAAAAGCUUUUUACUUUCGACUUGCGUAUGCGCGACAUUUUCCAUUACAAUCAUUUUGUAUGGCUUUCAAAAGGGGGAUCCGGCUACACUCUGGUCAAGAAAAAGGAUUCAUAAUUUACCAAACUAGAAUUUACAUUUACGCCGACUGUCGAUUGUGAUCGACGAUGAUUUAGGAGGUUGGGCUGUGUGACAGGCGCUCGUAUACAUGUAGAGGCAGGCCUAUAUGGUUUGAAGGAAUGCGACACAGCGCGCGUUAGAUGCUGCGGAAAUAACUCGCUCUUUCUAAAAUGAGGAUAGUCGCUUCUCAAUUUGAGCGUUUAACACCGGUCGUGCCAGUGCAACGUGGGGUUUAUCAAAAUCAAUAACUUGGUUUGUUGCUGUAUUUUAGCUUUAUGGAUGAUAAUUCAGCAUGUCCCAAGGAAACUUUAAGUAACUUGAAUCUGGAACUUUAAUUGAAACGUUCCUCUAUGUGCCGACGGAGCUGAAUACGCUUGGAUAGUUUCGGAUAUUCCGAAUCAGUAGUAGAUGUAGACAUAUCAUCUGCUACUCUAUAAGAUAAUCGAUAUAAAUUUUAAAAAUAUAAAAUCUUACUAAAACGCCAAGAGCAACAUGAGUUCCGACAAAUUCGAUGAUGACACUGUAGGUGAGGCGGUGUGCGACUUCGGCAAAGACACCACCGUUCACGGAGUCAGGUACAUGAUCGCCCGAGGUCAUUUUCUCUUCCGUCUGUGCUGGCUCGCCAUCGUCAUCCUCGCUUUCGUUCUCUUUGGUAUGCAAGCUACCAACGUUUAUAGCGAUUACGCUGCUUCCCCGUAUUCGACCAAGAUAGACAUCGUCCAGACGACCUUCAAGGCCUUCCCUGCCGUGACGGUUUGCAAUGUGAAUAGGAUUCGGAGAUCGAGGCUCUACGAUACGAACUACGAGGGGCUGAUUGACGUCGAUGAUAUGUUUAUCUCUGGAUAUUUAGAAGACGAGGAAUCGGUCAAUAUGACAGAGAGAGUAAAUGAACGUGAGGUCGAAGAAAGAGAGGGUGAGAUCUGGUCUAAGGUGAACGGUCAGUACGACUGGAUGGGGUUUUAUACCGCCUCUCAGGCCGACGACUUCAGCGACCUUAUCAAUGUAGUGAACCCAACGAAAGAAGAGCUGACGGGAUACGGACAUCAGUUGGAGAGGUUUCUCAUUCAGUGCACUUAUGAUCAGCAACCUUGUAAUGCAAGUUCUAAAUUUGAGGUGUGGCAAAAUCGAUAUUACGGAAAUUGUUUCACUUUUAACUUUGGUACAAAUGGAGAUCUGAUUUCAACCAGCAAGACGGGAGCUUUGAAUGGUUUACAUCUCACUUUGUGGGUAGAAGAUGAUGAAUACAUGGGGUUUCUAUCACCGUAUCGGGGGGCAAAGGUCACCAUUCAUCCUCAAAAUAUACUUCCGCUUCCUGAAGAUGAGGGGAUCAAUGUUGCGACUGGAAUGGCGACAUCUAUAGGCCUUCGAGAGGAGGUCGUAAAGCGUUUACACGAGAUGACGAGUUGCGUAGAAGAAAAUGGCGAAGGCACAAACUUCACAGUAAGGAACAACAGCUCCAGUUAUACCGUUGCGUACUGCCUUAAGUUGUGUUUUCAACAGAGCUUGAUCAACAGAUGUGGCUGUGUAGAUGGAAUCCUUCUAAAUUAUACUCAUUGCGAUGUCCUUAACACUACUCAACGAAAUUGUCUAUCCAAUGUACAUGAACUCUACAUUAACAACAAUCUGGACUGCUACUGCCCUCUACCGUGCCAGGAAAGAAACUUCAAGAAAACUAUAUCAUCCAUUGACUGGCCGUCAGACAGAUACGUGGACCAUCUGACCACCAGAUUUACCGGACAUCCUGAUAUAAGACGAACGCUGAUAGAAGAUGAAGGAAGAGCGAAGCGAAAUCUUAUACGUCUUCAGAUAUACUAUGAAACCCUUAAUAACGAGGUCGUGGUGCAAGUGCCGAGAUACUCUAUCCCGAACAUCCUUGGUAACUGGGGAGGAUUGAUGGGGCUCUUUACAGGGAUGUCGUUCAUCAGUGUAUUCGAAGUCAUCUUCUUACUGCUACGUGUAUCCAAGAUCUCUUGUGAAAAGUUGUUAUUUCCCAAUCGAGUGCAGCCUAUUAAAACAUGAUUGAUAUCUGAGGUUGGGUUAUAAAAGUAUUUCUGGAAAAUUGUACGUGUUAAUAUUAAUUGUUAUUCUAGCAAUAUGAGGAUAGUGCAACCCGUAUGAGGAACAUAUUAGAGGGAAAGUUUAGCAAGUUUACUUAAUGUAUUAUUUAUAUUCAGUAUGUGUAACAGAUGCGAAGUUCCAAUCAAGAUCUACUAUUUGGGAUGCUCUGAACUCUUACACACUUUUAAGAAGCAAAUUUAAUCUAAUAUGUUUUAGGGGAUUCACGUUAUAACACUGUAAAAAAUGAAGUGCUAAUUUAGCACUUACAGUGCUUGUAUAGUGACUGCACUGUAAGUGCUAAAUUAGCACAUCAUUUUUACAGUGAAUACUUGUUACGAUGUUACAGUUAUAUAGGUGUAUCUUGAAACACACAUGUUGUAUUAUAUAUUCUUACAUAAUUUCUGUUUUUUGUAAUAUAUUCAUUUAAAAAAGAGAUAGAGGAUUUAAAAAAAAUAAUUGCUUGCGUAUUUCUUUUACAAAACUAAAUCAAACAAAUACUAAAUGUGUGUAUGAUUACCGGCUCUGUUUUAUUAGUUGCCGUAGGAAAUGUAACACUGACAUCGGAGAAUUAAAAAAUACAGUAUAUAUG